AUGCAAAGGAGCACGAACCUCUUCGUCGCCGCCUGUGACAAAUUCGGCCUGGUCAUCAACACACAGAAGACGGUGGUUAUGCAUCAACCGCCGCCCGACGCUGCCAAAAUCAGCAUGAGCGAUGCCCAACUGCUAGUCGUGGACAACUUCAUGUAUCUGAGCAGCACCCUCUCCCGCAUCUCCAAGAUCGACAAUGAAAUGGCCUGUCGGAUUUCCAAAGCCGGCCAAGCGUUCGGCAGUCUGCAAAACACAGGCGGGAAAUGUCACGGUCUCCACCUCAACAAUGACUAUGAGCGGCAACCCAAACAACUCUUCAACGGAGAUAUCGACACGGAGUUCUCGCCGAAAAGGAGGCCAAGUACGCCUCUUUCAGGAAACUCUGAAGAUUUCCCUCGGGAAGACUUCGUCCGAGACCGCCCCGGCAUGAAGUAGGGCAGUUAAGACAGGCGCAGAGAUCUACGAAGCCAACUUCACCAUCGCCGCCAAAGCAUGAACACUGCUAUCCGCCAGUGGACUAGCCAAUGUUUGGCCUGUCAGAAAGCCACAAUCGGACGUCACAACAAAGCCCCAGUUGGAAUCUUUCUUGCACCCAAUGCCCGUUUUGUGAAUGUGCACGUAGAUUUCGUGGGUUCUUUGCCAACAUCUCGUGGUUGCAACUAUUUGCCCAGUGCUAUUGGCCGAUUUACGCGAUGGCCCAUCGCAACUCCGAUUCCAAGCAUCUCUGCAGAUACUUCCAUUUGUGCCUGUUCGCGACACUGUAUUUCCCAACAUGGUGUCCCCACUACUAUUACCACCGACCGAGGCCAACAAUUUGGAUCCGGGCUUUUGAAGGCUCUUAAAGACUUCCUUGGGUGCUUUCGCAUACGGACGACAGCUUAUCAUCUCUCAUCCAAAGGUCUAGUUGAAUGUUUCCAGCGUCAACUCAAAACCUCGCUCCGGGCCUAUGAAAACCCCACUCAUUGGAAUGAACAUCUUUAUUUGGUCACGCUCGGUAUCUGCAUCUAGCUUAAACCCGACUUGGAGUGCUCCACUGCCGAACUUGUUCAUGGGACGGAUUCCCAACGAUUUUUCGGGCUAUUCCAAAGCUUCGCCGAUCUGUAUGCAACUGAUUAUGCCCAACGGUUGCACCAAGCAAUGGUUAAUAUCCCGGAUAUACCCCAGGCGUACCAGCAAGAAAGUCAUAUAUUGAUCCCAACUUGCUAACGUGUUCUUUUGCAUUUGUCUGCGUAGAUGGCGUUUGUCAGCUACUAUAACGGCCCUACGACGGACCAUCUCGAGUCAUGUCGCGGACGAACAAGCAUUUCAAGAUCGUUCGUGGCUAUCACACCGAAGUGAUAUCGAUCGGUAAGUUGAAGGUGACCUGUAUCGACCUUCCUUCGUCCACCCAAAGGAUCCGAUUUCUUCACACUCCACAAUGCAUUCCUCCAUCUCCCCGACUCCGCUUCCACCUGACGACCCUCCGCACUCCCCUUCUCUCCUAAUUCAACAUCCUAUAUGCAGUGGUCGUCGGGUCGGUUUCCAACUUGUACAUUAUGCCCAAUACUUGACUAAUCCAUACCUAUUUUUCACGUCCGAUUUCUGUUCUGCUGGGAGAGGGAGUAUUGUAGUGACGCAAAAAAGCAUUUUAUUUUAAUGCGUCAAGAAACUUUUACACCUUUCAGUAUUAAGUUUUCGUCACGCCACAUUCUUGCGGCUACUUUUUCUUUCUAAUUCUGCUCGCGUUAGACCGGUUUAUUACUUAGAGACUCUAACGCGCCAUCCAAAUGCGCCCUCCCCCACCUGCGGUCUUCUUGACUCUGUCUUGACACGGAGUUCCGGUGGCCGAGGAGGAGAGAGUUAGGUAGACGUUGUGAAAGUCUACUAUCACUGUAUACUAAAUCACGCACAAGUCGCUGUCCCUGCUUUACCCUGCCGUGAAACACACGAUUCUAUUUUACUCCGCUCGGCAGCACGCAUGAAACAAAAUAAAAACGAACAGUAUUCCAGGCCAGGCCAAACGUACAUGUUAUAAAGGCGCAUUCUAAUGUUUUUAUGACCCGCCUGGUACUUGAAAUCCCAUGGAGCGUAUACGCACUCGACCCUUGUCGCAAUACCAAUGCGGCAGAGGAGGAGGAUGCGACCGGCCCAAAAAUGUGCAUUAGGAAAUUGCAAGUCAAAAUUAACUGGAAGUAACGCAUAUUUAUAACGCUCUACUGUGCUUCGCCGGCGUUCGGCCCAAUGCCCUUCGGAAAGAACAUUCCAGGCGAGCCGGUGGAUAAUUCGAAUAUGCAGAUCGAUCAGGCUCGAGAGGAAAAGCCAAUGGAGAGGCACCACGACUAAGAUGACAGCGCAGUAGAGAAAACGCACGUGGCCUCCAGUGAUUCGCUGGUUCUUGUUUUUGGGAGUGUAGGCACCCUUUACAAAUGUCGCUAGUUCCAAAGUUUCGGGGAAUAAACCCGGUCGUUCUACGUGCUUUGCUGACUAUCAGGGUGCAGUGCUCCGAAAGAAUGAGUCUCUUGGAUUGAGUCGCCAGGCUAGCUCAUUCGGUAGAGCACGAGACUCUUAAGCUCGGGGUCGUGGGUUCGAGCCCCGCGUAGGGCGUACAUUUUUAAACUGUCAUUGAGAACAGGAAGGCUGCCAUCACAGUGGAAGACAGUUAACUUCGUUCCCUUAUAUAAGGGAAGAAGCAGGAUGGCAGCAAACAGCUUCAGAUUUUUUAACUUAACUUGCCUCCCAUGCAAAACGAUGGAAGCUCUAGUAAAGGGUGCUAUACAGCAAUUUUGUGAAGAAAAUAGCAUCUUGCAGGAUCUUGAACAUGGCUUCCGGAGAGAACCUUCCUGCCUCCCAAAUCUAAUAGUUUGUAUGGAAAUCUGGACCAGGGCUCUAGAAGAGGUAUUUGAGGUCGAUUUCGUGUACAUCGAUUUCCGCCAAGCUUUCGUUACUGUUCCGCACCAACGCCUUCUUCACAAACUGAGCGCCAUCGGCAUCCGGGGAGAUCUUCUGAACUGGAUUAGGGCGUUUCUGGCUGGUCGGAAGCAAUGCGUCUGUAUCGGAGAUGAUAUGUCAGGAUGGGUGAAUGUGACCAGUGGCGUGCCUCAAGGCUCAGUUCUGGGACCAUUGCUCUUCAUCCUUUAUGCUAAUGGCAGCCUUAAGGAACUCGACUGCGGCAAAAUAAUGUUUGCAAGCGACGUUAAGCUCUGCCAAGUCAUUAAGGGUCCGAAUGAUCAGGGAUCCCUCCUAGAUAAUCUGCACCGACUGCAAACGUGA